AUGUCGGAAAUUAAUGAGAUUCUGGCUACUACGGCUCAAAUAAGAGAUAAUUCUGCUUUAAAUGAGAGUCACAGCAACGAAUCAGGAGUAGAUCCAGGCACCGAAUUUGAAGAACCAUACGUUGGUCGCAAUUCGCAACAUGGAACAAUGGCUCUAAUUCUUCUAGCUGGUUACGUUGGUUGGCUUAUGGUUGAUACCAAUGUAUAUUUUUGGAAUCCAAGCUCAUUUUUGGCGAUUUAUGACGAUCUGGUUUUAUAUUUGGCAUCUAGAAAGCCUCUGAAUCACAAGACACCAAGAUUAGUUUACAAAUGGUUUUCUUUUGUUUACAAAGUAUCAUAUGCUGUGGGAAUCACCGGAUACUCAAUAAUUAUGUUCACAUUUUUCGGAAUAAUUCAGUUAUUUUAUACGGGCACUGAAGUUAUAGAACUUGGGGUCUUACUUUUAUGCUACGGAUUAUAUUUUGGGGUUUUAAAUAGAGAUUUUGUUGAAAUAUGUACGGACAGAAUGGCAUCUACUCUUGGAUAUUAUAACAAAGAUGGAUUUCCACGAAAACACCUUAGAGCAAAUAUAUGUGCGAUAUGUGGUGUAGCUGCAAAUGGAACUGAUGAAGUAGGGGAACAACAGAAUGUUUUUCAGCUGGCAUGCCGACAUGUAUUUCAUGAUGACUGUAUACGUGGGUGGUGUUUAAUAGGCAAAAAAGAUAUUUGUCCAUACUGUAAAGAAAAAGUUGAUAUGAAAGAAUUCAAGACCAAUCCAUGGGACACACAACAGCAACUAUACUUAAGCCUACUAGAUGGCGUCCGUUAUUUGAUAGUAUGGCAACCUGUAAUUUUUGCAUUUGUAGAAUUGGCUUACCAUUUGUUUGGAUUGGAAUAA